UGUUUAUUUGUUUUUCUUUCCUCUUCCUCUGUAACAUUAGACCAAUGAAAGCUGCGCAGUCAAGCCCACAUCUCCACUGCAUUAGCCUGAUUUCGACUAGAUGAGCUGUAUGCUCAUGUGUGCUGCUGUUAUUAUAGUUGUCAAACAAGUCUUCGCCCGAAACAAGGGGAUGGGAGUAUAAAGACAGUGGUUUGAGAAGGACUAAGCGAUGGAGCAGGGGUCAGAGGAGAACAUGGAGAGCUCAUGGACUCUGCUCUCCUGGCUGGCUUCUGGAGUGAUGGUGUUUGGAGGUGCGGUUCCCUACGUCCCCCAGUACCAGGAGAUCCAGAGGACCAAUAACACAGAGGGAUUUUCAACAAGAGUCUGUUUGGUGCUGCUCGUUGCUAAUAUACUUCGCAUUUUCUUCUGGAUAGGCAAGCAGUUUGAGCUGCCUUUGCUCCUGCAGAGUGUGGUGAUGAUUCUCACCAUGUUGGCUAUGCUACAUUUGUGCUGUUCCAUCCAGAGCAGCAACCGUGUCAGUACUAAACAGCACCACAUCACAGAUUUGGACCUUCGGUAUUUUUGGAGUUGGAGUUCUUUUGAGGACUAUCUGAUGUUCUGCUUUGCCUUCACGCUGCUGUGUGCUUUCAUAACGUUCCUCUUUCUGGAUUGGGUCCUAUUUGUGGAGGCUCUGGGCUCUUUGGCUGUAAUGUUUGAAGCCAUGUUGGGACUGCCUCAGCUGCUGCAGAACUACAACAACCGCUCCACCCGAGGCAUGAGCGUAAAGAUGGUGCUUUUAUGGACGGCUGGUGACAUCUUUAAGACCACGUAUUUCGUGAUCAAUGAAAGCCCCACCCAGUUCGGGGUCUGUGGUGCAGUACAGAUCUUAAUGGACAUUGCCAUUCUGCUCCAGGUGGGCUACUACAGCCAGGACACCAGAAUCAAACUGGGCUGAGAUCACUACAAUAAUGAUGGUGAUCAACACUCCUAAAUUAGGACGUUCUACGUGCUACUUGCCUGCAAAACUACAUGAUUUUACUUUUUCCAAAAAAAUAUUUUUAAU